AAAAAUUGUCUAUGUAUGUAUCAUGUCAGUAUAGUAAUGUAUACAAAAAGUACAUCUGGAAAUGUACUUACGACUUGUCAUUGCAUUGUAACAGAAUUAUAUUGUAUUAAGCUUAAAGAACAAUUAAUUAAAAAUGCCAGCGGUAAUUGUGGGCCCCCCUCAACGUAGCGAGCAAAUGUGGCAAGCAUUAAAAACCCACAUUACUAGAGAAAGGCAACGGAAGAAACAAGAACAAGAAGCAGAUGCAGAGGAAGAACGCCUGAGGAAGGAAAGGGAACGUCAGCAAAAACAAGAUGUAAUGACUCUAGGUGAAACCAGAGAACAAAUAUCAAAUCUUGAAAAUGAACUCUCGCAGUUAAAAGAUGAAAAGCAUCAAUUGUUUUUACAAUUAAAGAAAGUAUUGAACGAAGAUGAUAAUAGAAGAAGGAAAUUAAUUACAGAAGCAAAUGUAUGCACUGAAGUAUUAAAUGCAGUGGGUGGAUACCCUGGUGCAGGUCCUAGAGUGGUUCAUCCUCAAGUAUUCCUUCCAUUACCGCAAAGCAAUAGCCCUCUUUAUAAAGUUACUGUUGGCACACCGACACAUACUUUAUUGCCAAGUGGACCUUUGAAAAGAACACACAGUCCAUCACCACCACCAACAGCCUCCCCGUAUCAUGCUGGUUAUGGGUACAAACCAGCACCCUCGAUUCCAAGUUAUAAUCCUCCACCUUCCAAAUCUGAGGAAGCUGCUAGGAGAUCUGGCGAUUCCCGAGCUGUUCUCUGGAACAAAAACAAUCAGUACUCUGCCUCCAGCUUUUAUUCAACUCCUACCGGUCAAAGUGUCUACAGUUAUUCAGCGCCUACCACGCAACCAUCUCGAGAACCCGAACCUGCAAAGUCUGUAUACCUUUCAGGGAACAGAGGAACUUUAUCAACACAUCAAACGGCAUAUGUAACAAGCUUACAUUCAUUGGAUCAUAAAGGUGCCUAUGCAGAAGAUAAAUUUUAUUUACGUCCAAGUAGUCAUGUUACUGUACAUGGUGGAGCUAUUCCAAUUCAACAGCCACCUCAGGGUGCGAAAACAGGAGGUAUUACAUCAGGAUAUCCAGUUAGAGCACCCCAACCUCCACCUGCUCCGUACCCACCACCACCACCUGGUACUUACGUUAGUGCUUCUGGUGCAAACGUUCCUGGACGGUUAUUAUACACUCAACCUAGUGCGAGAUACCUUCAGAGAGAGGUUUAAAAUAUCGAUUAACACUUGCUUACAUUAAGGUACUCCAAUAUAUUCUUUGUAUAGUCGAUAGUAUCACAAUUGUAAAAAAUCAUGUUUUAUACGUCGUGAACUAAUCACAUACAUUGUAAAAAUACACAGUCUGUAGAUAUAACAUUGGUAGGAAGUACGCAAUACUAAUUUUUAUUUAUGUAUUCGUUUCUUCAUACGGUCAAUAUUUUUCUUAUGAAAACACAAUUAUCAUACAUUUG